AUGUUGGAAAAUCUUUUGUUGUACUUUUCACAAGUUUUUUCUCUGCCACAAGCAUCAGACGUUAUUGCGCUAAAAGCUGCAGUAAGCAGGAAAAUUUGUGGUUCAUUUUUCCUUCGUCAAAUUUUUCCCGGUUGUAUCCUGAAAUUUAAAAUUAGAGCCGUAAUUGAUUUACAAUUAAUUACUGUCUUUUUGAUUCUUCAUGCUUUAAAAAGAGAUAAUGCUUCUUUAACAUGA